CAUCUGUAUGGAUUGUUCCAUUACAACCCCACGAUGCUUGGACUUGAAUUGCUUCCAGAUCCCACAGAUACCUGGGAAAUUAUCGAGACCAUAGGUAAAGGCACCUAUGGCAAGGUCUAUAAAGUGAAUAACAAGAGAGAUGGGAGCUUGGCUGCGGUAAAAAUUCUGGAUCUAAUCAGUGAUAUGGAUGAAGAGAUUGAGGCAGAAUACAACAUUUUGCAGUUUCUUCCUAAUCAUCCCAAUGUUGUAAAGUUUUAUGGGAUGUUUUACAAAGUGGAUCACUAUGUGGGAGGACAGUUGUGGCUCGUCCUGGAGCUGUGUAACGGGGGCUCAGUCACUGAGCUUGUCAAAGGUCUACUCAGGUGUGGCCAGCAGCUGGAUGAAGCAAUGAUUUCCUACAUCCUAUAUGGGGCCCUCUUGGGCCUUCAGCAUUUGCACAGUAACCGAAUCAUCCACCGAGAUGUCAAGGGGAAUAACAUUCUUCUGACAACAGAAGGAGGAGUUAAGCUCGUUGACUUUGGUGUCUCAGCUCAACUCACCAGUACGCGUCUACGGAGAAACACAUCUGUGGGCACCCCAUUCUGGAUGGCCCCUGAGGUCAUUGCUUGUGAGCAGCAGUUCGAGUCCUCCUAUGACGCCCGCUGUGACGUCUGGUCCCUGGGGAUCACAGCUAUCGAGCUGGGGGACGGAGACCCUCCCCUCUUCGACACGCAUCCUGUGAAAACACUCUUUAAGAUUCCAAGAAAUCCUCCACCUACUUUACUUCAUCCAGAAAAAUGGUGUGAGGAGUUCAACCACUUUAUUUCACAGUGUCUUAUUAAGGAUUUUGAAAGGCGGCCUUCAGUCACACAUCUCCUCCGCCAUCCAUUUAUUAAAGGAGUCCAUGGGAACGCUUUGUUUCUGCAAAAACAGCUGGCUGAGGUUCUUCAAGACCAGAAGCGUCUAAACCCUGCUGUUAAAACCAGGUAUGAAAGAAUGCAAACCAGAAGAACCUAUCAUGUGCAAGAUGCUGAAAAAUACUGCCUUGAGGAUGAUUUGGUCAAUCUAGAGGUUUUGGAUGAGGAUACAAUUGUUCAUCACUUGCAGAAGCGUUAUGUGGACUUGCUGAUUUACACAUAUGUUGGAGACAUCUUAAUUGCCUUAAACCCUUUCCAGAAUCUAAGUAUAUACUCUCCACAGUUUUCCAGACUUUAUCAUGGGGUGAAACGUGCCUCAAACCCCCCCCACAUAUUUGCAUCAGCAGAUGCUGCUUACCAAUGCAUGGUUACCUUCAGCAAAGACCAGUGCAUUGUCAUCAGUGGAGAGAGCGGCUCUGGGAAGACAGAAAGCACCCACCUGAUUGUUCAGCAUUUGACUUUCUUGGGAAAGGCCAAUAAUCAGACCUUGAGGGAGAAAAUUCUGCAAGUCAACUCCCUGGUGGAAGCCUUUGGAAACGCAUGCACUGCCAUCAAUGACAACUCCAGCCGUUUUGGAAAAUACCUGGAAAUGAUGUUUACACCAACUGGAGCUGUGAUGGGAGCAAGAAUCUCUGAAUAUCUUCUUGAAAAAUCCAGAGUCAUAAAACAGGCAGUGUAGGUGCACUACUUCAUCACUGUUUGCUCUGCAGUAUAGACCAAGAGGCUCUGGAAAUUUUCAUGGCUCCAUUCUCACCCUUUUUCUUAGCAAUCUGUGCCCCACCCUCUGCCUUCCCAGGAGCAAGGAAUUAUUUAAGCAAAGGAUGUGUGGAAGUUUCCAACCUAAAAAUGUUUGCAGGAAGAUCACAUAGGGCUGGGAUGGGAGUACUCUGGGACCAGUGUGUCUAUUUCUUCUGAGUUGGUUUUAUCAGGUAGAAUUUAGUAACAUUGCAAAUACUUGUAAAAACCAUUAAGUCUCUUAAAUUGAAUCUGUUUACAGAGGAAAAGCACUAAAGAUAUUCCACAUGCUGAUUUUUUCCCCCUAGAUUAAAAGAUUAGUGCUUACUCAUGGGCUUGCUGUGAAGACUAAUGAGUUCAUUUAUAUAAAAUUACUUUUAAAAUUACCUGGUAUGGCACAUGUUAUCAGAGGACUAGCUAUACUAUUAUUAUUAUUACUGUUGCAGAGAAAAAUUCAUCAGGAGCAUGACUCCAUUCAUGCACUGUUCAGUAGUUAUCUAUCAGAGGUUUACUGUAUGCUAGUGUCACACUCCCUACCUGCUGGAGCUGCAAGAGUAAACAAAAUAAACAAAA